CAGCGACACCGCCUGCUGUCCAUAGAUCACCCCCCUCACCCUCACACACACACACACACACACACACACAGUGGUCGCACACUGAGGGGCAGGGCAUGUUCGUUUUUGUACUGACGAGCAGCAAAUACAGCACAACCUGCGAUCAUGUUACUGCGGCACUGACAGCAACACCUCAGAGAGCAGCAGGACGCAGGCUUUCCUGCAGGCACCCCCCCGCUGCACGCUCAUUUUCACCCGGAGGAGGAAAAAAAGAAAGAAAGAAAAAAGAAAGAAAGAAAAAGCUCUCCUUCUGUUGUUUUGUGGGGGGUGUUUCACCGAUCAACAUGCCUCAUGUUCGGUUGCAGAGCCCGUGAAUGACAAGUACCGUUCAUGUCGCCGUGGUUAAGGAGAAGCUGCAGAGCGAGGCAGUGAAACCUCUUCCUUUUCCACGCCCUGUCAUUAUUAUGGUUAUUUAAACUCAUCAUCACCAUCAGUAUCAGUAUCUGGCGGCCAGUAUAGCACCAUGUCUCCUCCAGCAUCGGCCGCGACAGCGAGUGAAAGCAGUACGACCACUGUUCUGGAGGAGGACAACACCAGAGAGGAGCAAAGACCCCUGAAGCAGUCUCUGAGCAAGUCCCUGUGUCGGGAGAGUUUCUGGAAAUGUCUGCUCCUGUCCAUUCUCAUGUACGGCUGCAUGGGAGCCAUGGUGUGGUGUCAUGUGACCAAGGUCACCCGCCUCACGUUCGACAGUGCCUUCAAAGGGAAAUCCAUGAUGUACCAUGACACCCCCUGCUCUGACGGCUACAUCUACAUCCCUCUGGCUCUACUGGGAAUGCUCUAUUUAGUCUAUCUGGUAGAGUGCUGGCACGCUCAUGUGAAGAACGAGCUGCAGCACAAAGUGGACGUGGAAAGCAUUUCCGAGCGCACCCAGAGGAUGCAACAAGCUAAACCCUGCAUCUGGUGGAAGGCCAUAAGUUACCACUAUGUUCGAAGAACGCGGCAAGUCACACGCUACCGCAAUGGCGACGCCUACACGAGUACCCAGGUUUACCAUGAACGUGUCAACACCCAUGUCGCAGAGGCCGAAUUUGACUACAGCCACUGUGGCGUUAAAGAUGUUUCCAAACAGUUACUGGGUUUGGAGAAGUCUGCGCUGACAAAGAUGCGGUUCACCAAGUGCUUUAGUUUUGCCAACGUAGAGUCCGAGAAUUCCUACCUUACACAACGAGCAAGGUUUUUCACUGACAACGAGGGCCUUGAUGACUACAUGGAAGCAAGGGAGGGCAUGCACCUGAAAAAUAUCGACCUGAAGGAGUACGUCCUGGUGCUGUCUGACCCCGAGCACAGCCCCUGGUAUCUGUCCCACUACGUCUUCUGGUUUGCCUCAUUCCUCACGUUCUCCUGGCCUCUGAGAGUCUUCACAGAGUAUCGCACCGCGUAUGUCCACUACCGCGUGGAGAAGCUCUUCGGCCAAGAUUACCUCCCACUCACGCCAUGUGAUGAGCGGCCGUAUUGGCGCCGUAUCCCUCGCGUUAACACCAUUGACAGUACUGAACUGGAAUGGCACAUUCGAUCCAACCAGCAGCUUGUGCCCAGUUACUCAGAGGCUGGUCUCAUGGACCUGGCCCAGGGCCCGUCCAACUUCAGUGGGAUUCGUCAGAAUUGUGAGCGCUGCCACCGGGCCAUGAGCUGCUCUUCUGUGUUCUCCAGGAGCGCCCUCAGCAUCUGUACCGGUGCGAGCUCCCGCAUCCCUUUCAGCGGCAGUCGCUUCUCCCUGGCCCGUCGCUAUGGCUCCCAACGCAGCUGCUUCUGGAGGAGCGGCAGUUUGGAUGACCAAGAGAGCCCCAGUGAAAACACUCGCUGUCUAUCCGAGCGUCUCACCACAGACGACGAGGGACCGCCGGAAUAUGAGGAUGCACUGUGCUACCCGGUGCUGAUCGUCCACUGCAGCGAGAACUGCCACAACCACAGGUCGUUCCACAGACACGGGUCAUGUGUGGAGACUUCUUUAUGAUCAUGUGGACAGUGACACAAAUGUCUGUAGCAUAUAAACCAUGUGGACAUCAGACAAACAUGUCAGAUUCAUGCUGUGAUGCCAUACUUUCAGAAACAAUGCCCAAGGCCGGGUCAUGCUUUCCGUGUCCAUGUAUCUGUAGAGGUCUGCUGCAGUCCGCAUGAUGGGAAAUUUGUCAUCUGGGGUGGUCUGUGUGGAGCUCAGGCAGACACAUGUGCAGAUUAUAAGCAUAGGCUAUGCAUGAUCCUUGUAGCACAAGACUUUCCAAUCCCGUUGUUGGUGCUAAUGGGAACCAUGGAGAGUUCAGAGGUUAUAUGGGGAAGUCUACUGGGACCCUCACAUGCACAACUCAGCACAAAGUACGAGGACAUACACAUGAGGGUGAAGUCCUGGUGAGGAAGCACCACUUACUGGAAUGGAACAAGACUGAUGUGGAGCCUCAUAAAUGAAGCUGCAGCCAUGGACAUGAAAGUAUGACCCAGCCCCUACAUCGUGAAUGUGUGGAUCACCAAAGCAAUAACAUUGAUUAGUAAGUGGGGAACAACAUGACAAUAACCUGUUAUCCAACUAUGACACACACAGACACACACACACACACACAGAAAUGUAUCUGACUGGCUUCCGAUGAAAAUCAAGCAAAGACUGUUACCCUGUACAUCAUUGCCGUAGCUUUUAAAGAUCUCAUAUGUGCAGUCCAUAUGAUACUGAAAGUAGAACUGCAGUUACCUCAUAAGACCUUUUCACAGGCCACGGAGGAGACGGACACGUUUUUAACGUCUCAUUCAGUCAAACACACACAUGAGAAAUGAUAAGGUCAUGCAGAUGGAGCAGGUUUUUACAGCAAUAACUGGAAUUCAAUGCCACGUUCUCAUUUGAACAAGUGAAACUAAUUAGUGAUUAACAAAAAAAAAAUCAUCAUUUAUUUCCCAGAAUGCCUUUUUUUUUGACAACAGGUAUAGUUUUUGACAUGUUCUAUUAGACUCUGUUCCCUUUACUCAAUGCAAACCUACUGACAAUUGUGAUUGUUUUACAUACUGGUUUAUUCUGGUAUGGAAACUUGACUAUGGUUCCUCUCGAGUGGAUCUCUCCCUCGACUAUCGACUGUUUGAGCAAAUGGCAGCUCCAUACAAAGACCUCCCUGACCUUUGGACCAUGAUGGACUUCGUGUUCAAACAUUAUGUUUACAGUUGAUGCUUUUGAAAUGUGUUCAAACCGCAAACCUCUACUGUGGUUUCUGGAAUUGGAUAUCUGCAAGAGAACAUGGAUUUAACAUGGAUGUUGGUGUAAGUUUUUUUUGAAGUGUGGUUGGAUAAGGCAUUGACACUUAGUCAGAAAUGCUUGUGCGGCGUGAGUCUAGAACCCAGAGUCGGCCAAAGGCAUAAGCGAACUACUAACUAACUAAAGUUUUUUUUAUCAUAAUGAAAUCGGCAUAUCUUAAACGCCGCUUUUCCAUUAUACAGUUCUAGCACUACUCAGCUCAACCUGAC